AUGGCUUCUCUUCGGUUUUGCAAUGUCACAAAGUCCCAAGGUAGAGCCUCUAGGUAUGUGGGGGCGGGGGGAGGGUCACCAAGAAGAGGACUCCCAACCUCGCUCAGCUCACCAGAGUGCUUCUUCUGUAACCCAGACAUUGCAAAGACCGUGCUACCCACCGAGGUGUCCAGCCCAGCUCAGGUCCUGCCUCGCCAGUGCUACAGCAGCGUUCUCCGGCAUGGGGUGCACAACACGGUUUUCUCUCCGGACUGCCUUUUGGGGGACCCGCAGACGCGGGAGCCGCGGCGGAGCUGCACCAUCUACCGGCCCUGGUUCUCCCCGUACAGCUACUUCGUCUGCACGGACCAGGAGGGCCGCCCGGAGGCCUGCGGCUUCCCCGACGCGACCCAGGACGAGGGCAGGGGGGACGGCCGGCUGCCCGAGGGGCUGGCUGAGAGCGUCUGCUCCUCCUCUUCCUCCCCGGAGGACCCCUGCCCCCGGGGGGCCGCCAAGAACCCGGGGCGCGACUCCGCGGACUCCAUCACGUCCCAGGACAUCCUGGCGGCCUCCAGGUGGCGCCCCGCCCAGCAGAGCGGCUACAAGUGCGCCGCCUGCUGCCGCAUGUACCCUACGCUGCACUCCCUCAAGAGCCACAUCCAGGGGGGCUUCCGGGAGGGCUUCAGCUGCAAGGUGUACUACCGCAAGCUCAAGGCCCUCUGGGGCAAGGAGAAGGCGCGGCUGGGGGACAGGCUGGCCUCCGGCAGCUGCCAGGCCUUCAAGUAGGCCCGCGGGGUGGCGGCUGGGCCGAGAGCGGACACCUCUCGGUGUCCUGUUUACGCCUCCAGGGAUGUCAAUAAACCGACGUCAGUCACAGCCUUC